GUAUUCGUAGCUUUUAGACAGCUCUGGCACCUUUAAUAACGAAACGGAACGAGCCGUACUGUGGCCGUUAAAGUGCAGCAAGCGGAAUGCUCACCCUUCUUCUUUUUCUUCUCCAAAGAGCACUCCCACACUCCCACCAAACCAAAGAUACACUUCAGAAUAUUCCAAAUAGACAUCACCAUGGCACUUGCAGGAACGUCGCUCUAUAUUCUGGACGGGGAGGGUCUUAAGAGUAACAACAGGACGGUCCUGUCGUUGUGUGGGUUGGGUGGUCGCGUGGUUUCGGAGAUUGACGAUGCUACCCAUGCCGUCGUUAUUGAUGGCGAUCGUACGUCCAUGAUGAGUGGAUCGUUGGAGGCGGGUAUUGUCACGGCUCAAGCCUUGUCGAUUCCCAUUGUGGAUGCGAAACGGUGGCAGCAGCGCUGUCUGGAUCAACUGGAAACGGGGCAACAUUGGUCGGAUGUCCCCGUCCAAGAUCUGGUUCCUUCUGUCGUGCUACGAUUCACGGGCAACAAUGGUGGCAACACUACUGGUGGUGGUGGUGGUUCUACUACCGUGAAUGGCACUCAUCGAAGCCAACUGAGUUCGUCUCUGUCGCAAACCUUUCAGUACUUGAGACGAGAAGAUCCAGAAGCCGUCGAACAGGAUGCCAUUAAGCGAGCCAUGGAACUUUCCAUGCUGGACUGUGCUUUGGUAUUACGAACUGAUAGCAACACCGGUAGUCUCACAUCCAAAAAGAAUAAUGGAGAUGACAAAAACAACCAGGAAUCGCCGUACAAAAUUUUGGGACUCUCGGCCGAUGCCUCGGCGGCACAAAUCAAAUCGGCCUAUCGAAAAUUGGCACAACUCACACACCCCGACAAGGGGGGGACCAAGGAAGCCUUUCACCAAAUUGCCGUGGCGUAUCGAUCCCUGUUGGCACUCCACAGUUCGCCUCAAAAAUCUCCCUCGAUCAUUACCAUUAUUACCGACGUUUUUCACGUACCCAAACGACUCAAAACGACCGCGCAUUGGGACAAGGAAUUGGCCGAUCAUCGACGACUCGUCGAAGAACUCUUUACCAGCCACGGGGCCAAUCUACAAGAGACUGCUGCGGCACAGGAAUACGUAUUGCAGCAUGGACUUAAAUUACAACCCCGCAGUGCGGGAUCUACCAAUCUCAAUGAACGACAAGAACUCAUUCACAAUUCCUGUUUUUACUUGUCGCUGGCAGCGUCGUAUUUGAGUGGCAUCGGAGCACUGCUCUUGAUACCACCGUGUCAAGACACGAAAAAUCCGACCUUUGAUACCCUCUCUGAAUUUGGGGAAGAAGAUCGAUUCUUGAUUGGGGAAACCGCGUUGCAAUUGAAACGGCUCAUUGAAGCGGCCGUGGUACGGGCUCACCCCGAAUGGGUGGCAUCGGAACAAGUGGGAGAACAAGUACAGGCAUUUUCGGAUUUUUUGGUCUAUCUGCUCGACAAUCCACAAGCCGUCGUCAGUGAAUGGGCCGUCGUAGUCUUUGAUACCACGUCGGGCAUUGCCGAUGUCUACAAGGGAAAACAUUACGAUGAGCGGCCGGAAUGUCAUUCUUCCAAUUGCAUCACCAUUCGAUACCUACCGGGACAUUACGAACCGUUGCUGCCCGUCGACGAUGAACUCAGACCGACUCUUCAACAAAUACUGGAUACGUUGGAUGCCAACCAAAUAUUCUAUGUCAUUACAGAUGGUGCAGCAUGAUAGUCCUGCAACUGAGCAACUGUACAACUAAUUGACUAGCGGAUAAAUAAAACUGAAUGUACAAUUAUGGUUGUUCAGAUAGAUGAAGUGUCGGGUGUUUUCGUCAGCUGGCA